ACAUCGCUCACACUCACACUGCACUUCGGAGAUUCCUAUGUUUUUCGACAAAACUUAUAAAACCAUACCUUUGUGUGUAAUUUUCUCGGUGACAAUUUUAAUCUUUUCUCAUUUUUCUUCACCUGGGCACUCAUUAUGUCUGCCUCAGCUGCCGGAUCGGCCAUUGUUUCGUUAAACUCAGCCGGAAUCUCCUCCAAGCCCCACCGGAAAAUAGCCCAUUUCCGGCAGUUAUCUUCGCCAAUAAAAGUCCCGCAUUCUCUUAACUUGCAAUGCAGAUCCCCUAGCUUCUCUUCAUCAGGCAUAAAAGCCCACGUUGCGUCCAUUGAGCAAGCAAAUACUGAAGCAAUGCCUAAAGUCGAAGCUCCGGUUGUUAUUGUCACUGGAGCUUCCAGAGGAAUUGGCAAAGCAAUUGCUCUGUCUUUGGGAAAAGCUGGUUGUAAGGUUCUUGUUAAUUAUGCAAGGUCAUCAAAGGAGGCGGAAGAAGUUUGCAAAGAGAUCGAGACAUAUGGCGGACAGGCUCUUACUUUUGGUGGAGAUGUUUCAAAAGAAGCAGAUGUGGAAGCAAUGAUCAAAACUGCUGUCAAUGCAUGGGGAACAUUGGAUGUUUUGAUUAACAAUGCAGGUAUUACUAGGGACGGUUUGUUGAUGAGAAUGAAGACAUCUCAAUGGAAGGAGGUUAUUGAUCUUAAUCUUACCGGGGUGUUUCUAUGCACACAGGCAGCCGCCAAAAUAAUGAUGAAGAAGAAAAAGGGAAGGAUUAUUAAUAUAGCAUCAGUUGUUGGUUUAACUGGCAAUAUUGGGCAAGCCAAUUAUAGUGCUGCAAAAGCAGGAGUAAUUGGAUUUACGAAGACAGUUGCCAAAGAAUAUUCAAGUAGGAACAUUAAUGUUAAUGCUGUCGCUCCUGGAUUCAUUGCAUCUGAUAUGACUGCUAAGCUCGGUGCAGACAUUGAGAAAAAGAUUUUGGAGAUUGUUCCUUUGGGAAGGUAUGGUCAACCAGAAGAAGUAGCUGGACUGGUUGAAUUCUUAGCCCUCAAUCCGGCAGCUGGUUACAUCACUGGACAGGUACUCACCAUUGAUGGAGGCAUGGUAAUGUAAGAGGCUUGCAUCGAACUGUUCUAUACGCGAAACUACAUUUCUCUCUCCAGACGACAUGCACGUUCAUCCUGACUCGCUUGCAUGCCUUUUUACUGAAUAAUUAUAAAGGAUUAGUUGUGAACUUUGAUGGUUUCUAUUUGUUGAACUUCACUAUAUUAAGUUAUAAUUCUUCUUUUUCCAAAUGCAAAUCCAUUUUGCAACGAGUUGUAUACUUAAAUGGAUGUCAGCAUUAGAUGCAAGAAUAAUGAUGUGUGAUGAAGACAAUACAAUGUUCAAUAUUUUAAAACUUCUU